AUGAUUGAUUCCAGUCUACUAAAUGUUAGCAAUAUCAGAAUUCAAUACCUAUGGAAGUAUAUCAUUCCAAAGGGCAAGGCAACACCCAUUACCUCAGGCAAAUGGGAGGUCAUCUACAUUUCUAAACUCACCAAAGGCGCUAUGUAAGUGAAAAUCCAUUUCACUUAAUUAGAUAACAAAAUAGAGUAAACCGACUAUUUAUCUAUCACUAUGACCACAUUGUCUUUAAUGUGUUUCUCAUAACCCCCCAUGGAUAUUUCAAUUCAAGUGGUUUCUCUAAAUUCAUAAUCCUGAAUACCAAAUAAAUCAUGAAGGGAUGUUAAAUCGUUCAUCAUUCAGACAGAGAUGUUAACUCGUAUGAACCUGUGUUUGUUUUUCUGUUUGUCAGUGUUAUGAUCGGAAGCAGCCACUCUGCUCCCCAGUGCCUCACCUGUGGCCUGUAUAAGGACAGGUGUCAGUACAACUCAGCCUACUUCAGCUACGAUGCCUCUUACUACCGCAUGGACUGCUAUGGUCAGUUACCCCAUUCCCCAUUCACACCCUGAGCACUAACCCUUCCAUGAUCAACGCACAAAAAUAACUGUUGUUCGCAAUAUCAAUGAGUGAUACAAAGUGUCCCAAAUAACAUCCUAUUCCCUAUGUAGUGCACUACUUUUGACCAGGGCCCAUAGGGAAUAAGGUGCAAUUUGGGACAUAGCCACAGUCUCAGUUCUGACCUCUGACCUCCAGGUCAGUUAGUACCUGAGGUUAUGUGGUGAACAAUUAGCCUACGUUAUGUUAUACCAUAAUGUGUGUGCUGAUUGUUUCUUAACAGGACCUGGAACACCUUUGUUCACACUCAGUGGUGAUAGAGGCUCAGGUGAAGGAAUGCAAAAAGUACCACUACUAUGAAGAUACUCUUUGUAACUGACCAAUACUCAGGUUCAUGAAUCUUUACCAUAAACGGGUCAACCUCUGAUUUUAAUUGAUAAAGAAGUUUUGUUUUAGAGCUCCUGGUUCUUCAUGACAUCAAAAAUCUUGAAGACAUGCUACAAGAAUUCCAAAUGCCAACCAUGCAGCGUGGGACCCUGAGGGUAGCAGAAUUUGGUGAGUCUGAAGUUUUACAGACUGGCAGAUCAAAUCAUACCAUGCAAAAUCAAAUGUAUAUCUCAUGUUUCACUACCUGUUGCCAACAGAUCUUUGGUAUCAAACGAUGUUACCCCCUAAUUUCCCAAAAAACGAAAAGUACCUUCUUCUAAUUGAUGUGUAAGUAUACAGGCCUAAGCAUCUUAAAAGAGGAUUUGCAGAGAAUUGAUUACCCCAUCCAUUUCACUUCACUUUACUGCCUCCAGAUCCAGUACAUUAUAUUACAAUAUAGCUGUAAUUGGUCAAGUUGUGUGAAGUUAUAUACUGAUUUCCCUUGCAGAUAUGGAGGCCCCUGUAGUCAGAAGACAGAUUAUCGCUACAGACUGAACUGGGGUUCGUACCUCUCCAGUACGAAGGGGAUCAUAGUGGCCAGUUUCGAUGGACGGGGAAGCGGUUACCAGUGUGAGAAAAUAAUGCACUCCAUCUACCAACGUCUUGGAACAUUUAAGGUGGAAGAUUAA